UGGACAAAAUGGAUGGUUUUCGCAGCCUCCUAGUCCUUUUUGUUUUGGGUUUAUUUCAGCGGCUUCAAGCCAAGUUUGUGUGGAACACAGGCGGUGCAUCUGCACUUUUUGUGGCCAUUGCUUUGCCCUUGGAUCUGCCAAGGAAAGAGGUCUUCCUGUCCUAUAAUUUCGAAGCCGAGUAUGAACUUCCCAGGUCUUGGAAGAAGAAACCACCCUACUUACGCAAUGGAAAUGGUACCGAUGAUGGCUCAAUUAGUGACCACCUUGAUCACCAACAGUUCGAUGACUUUGUUUACGACGACUACUAUGAUGAUCCUGGACAUAAACACAAGCACAAACAUCAUCAUGGUAAGAAGAAAAAGAAGACUAAGCCAAAACCAGGUUCAGCGGGAAAGCCCCAAAAACAGAAACAUAAACGCAAACAUAAACAUAAGCCAAAGCCAAAACCAAAGCCACCACCAGAGGACGAGGAGGAUGAAGAUUACAAGGACUUCUUUCAAGGAUUCCCGCUCGAUGGCAUGGGGGAUCCAGUGGCAAGGAGCAUGGAGAAGAGAUCUCUGCUGUCGCGUACCAAAUUCUACAAUAUACUAAGCCAUCGCUUUGAAAUGCAUGGCUUAGGUACUGGCGAUCGUUGCCUUCUCCGAUUAAUCUGCGAGACCAACAGCUAUAGUUUGGGGGAUCUCAAUGGCGUUCUGGGCAGCAUGGUCCAUAUAAUGUUUAGUCCCAGUAGCUCUCGUUACGAGGCCCUACCCCAGCGAUAUUACACUGCCGAGUUGGAUGGAAUCAAGGGCCGCUGCGGUAAUUACAAACUAGAAUGUCAACACAGUGUUCUUGAUUUGAUCACGCAACCAAUUGCCCGCUAUAAGGAAAAUAAAAGUAAAUUACAGUGA